AUGCAUCACAUCAAGCGACAAGCGCGUGCUCAGGCGUGGUACCAUAAUGACGAUCCGGACAACAGGACGUACAAUCCCUUUGGACGAGCUGGCAGAACCACCCGUCGUUAUGACGAGGAAAACACACUCUACCACGCCAACACCGAGAGCGACGCUGUAUUACCGGGCGAGAAUGACCGAAUCAACAAAGCUGGAGAGGAUGGCAACUACGGAAGGCCCCAAAAGGCGGGCACAUUCCCACAAGAUUCACCACACGACCGAGAUCUCAGCAACAUGAGCUCGGGCUCGCGCGAGAAGCCAAGUGGAGAAACGGAAGGAGCACAAUUGCCAGAAUACUCACAACCAGAGUAUAUGCAGCCACAGCAAGAACUCUCCAACCCAAACUCCACUGAUGACGGGGCAAGACAUCGCAAGGGCGGCAAGUUCAUGGGCAUGUUCCACAAGAAGGACAAGGAGGAAAUCGACUCUUCGGACAGCGAAACACAGCGAUCAAAGAAGAAGAAGUACCCGCCCAUUCCUGUCAUGCAGCAAUUCAAGGCCGUCAUGGGAAGCUGGAUCAAUGUUCUGCUCAUCUUCGUGCCCGUUGGCAUUGCUCUUAACUAUGCUGGCGUGAACAAGAUUGUUGUCUUCGUGAUCAACUUCUUAGCCAUCAUCCCAUUAGCGGCCAUCCUGUCAUUCGCAACAGAAGAGCUCGCGCUCUACAUCGGCGAAGUCCUGGGAGGGUUGCUCAACGCCAGCUUCGGAAACGCAGUCGAGCUCAUCGUCAGUAUCAUUGCGCUCGUGCAGGGCAAAGUGGUGAUUGUCCAGACAUCCCUUGUCGGAAGCAUGUUGUCCAACUUGCUGUUGGUACUGGGCAUGUGCUUUUUCCUGGGAGGAAUAAACCGAUCGGAGCAGCACUUCAACCUCACAGUCGCACAGACCGCCGCAUCUCUGCUCGCUCUGGCGAUUGGAAGUCUCAUUAUCCCAACGGCGUUUGCUCAAUUUGCGAGCACGGGUGACAAGGGCGUCACGCCAGCUUCUCGCGGAACCUCUGUACUUUUGCUCAUUGUUUACGGGUGCUACCUGUACUUUCAGCUGCGCACACAUUCGACCAUGUACAAUGAACCCAGCAAGAAGACUCCAAAGCGAUCGACAGGAAAGAAGGACGCCGGCGAGGCAAGCAAAGGUAUUGCCAUGAUUGGAGCAGCAUCGGGAGCCGCCAUGGCUGGCGGUCGUAUCAACCAGGAGAACAUUGUGCACGAAGAGCCAGAGGAAGAAGAGACGCCUUCGGUGUCCGUCUUAGGUGCUCUUGUGACCCUUGCCAUCGCCACGGUUUUGAUCGCCCUCUGCGCCGAGUACAUGGUCAGCUCCAUCGACGCGGUUACCAAAGGAGGUGCUCUCUCGGAAGAGUUCGUCGGCUUGAUUCUCCUGCCUAUCGUCGGAAACGCCGCUGAACACGCCACCGCCGUGACAGUAGCCAUCAAGGAUAAGAUGGAUCUGUCUAUCGGCGUAGCUGUUGGAUCUUCUCUACAAAUUGCGCUCUUAGUACUGCCAAUUAUGGUCAUGCUGCAAUGGUGGGGAGUCGGACCCAACACGCUGGACUUGAACUUUGAUGGUUUCCUUGUCGUCGUGCUUGUUCUCRGCAUCUGGCUCGUCAACUACCUCAUCAAUGACGGCAAGAGCCACUGGCUCSAAGGCGUCAUGUUGAUGCUACUCUAUGCCAUCAUUGCCAUUGCCGCCUUCUACUACCCGGCUCCACCGGACCCGACUGAGACAAGCUGA